AGGUAUCACUGUAUAUGACCUUGCAUUGGCAUCAAUUUUAUCCGUCUUGUCAAUGGUGCCAAUGCUUUGACCACACUCCAGAUGCAUAAAUACCUCGUACAAAGCUUCACCAGACAAACCCACACGCUAUUUCUGCCUGUGCUUUUCAGCCCCAGUGUUCUUUACUCAAGCUCACCACCAACGAUGUCUGAAUACGUACAGAUGUAUCCCGAUGGUAGCCACUCUCCAAUACGGUGCCCUGAUCCUACAUGUCAUGUACAGGUUGCAAGGUUUGAAGAUUGGCUAGCACACAUCCGGACGCACGUUACGGACGGGAGGGAUGACACUGCUUGCCCAUGGAUGGGGUGCGACCGCGCUUAUCAGCGUCAACAUUGGCUCUACGAACACGUCAAAUCACACAUUGGAUUUAAUGACCUCGUGUGUCCGCACUUAACUGAUUCGCGGCCAGGAAGUAGAGUGCGCUGCACCUACACCAGUUGUUAUUCCCAUCUCUUCGGCACACACAGGAGCAAAAUUCAUGGUUGGAACAAGAAGUGUCGGGACUCUAUCGAUCCUUACGUUGAUGACCUCUCUCAGGACCUUGAGAGCGUUGUGCUCUCAGGUGGAAAUAUUAAGCGGGUGCAAGACCCAGCGGGAGGUGACCGCCGUGACGAUGGCGAUGGCGCUAACCCCCAUCUCCAACCUGAGGAUAUUAAGGCUGAACCGGAGGAUUUGGAUGUUCCAGGACACGGUAUUGGUGCUGAUGGAGAUGGAGUACUACCUGCAGCGAUGCCAAUGGGUGGACCCGGUAUCCCUGGACCUGCCGGACCCAUGCACAACAACCCGAUCCGAUUGAACCCUUAUGGUGUAAACCGCUUACCCUGGAGGCUGGCGCCGCUGCCAGGUAGGGCACUUAUUACGGUUCCCGAGCUCCAUGCUGUCUACAGUCCUCUCGCUUACACUGAAGUCAUCUAUGACGCCCAAGACAGGAGGAUAUGCCGUCUCGUAGUGGAGUACAUCAAGCGUGAAGAGGUUUUGUACAGAAGAAUACCUGUCGAAUAUUAACGGGAUAUUCAGCAACUCUUCUAGUGGUGUCAUAGGAUAUUUGCUUCCACCCAGGUUCCGAUGCAAUUUGACUCCGUAGACUCUGUCUUUCACUUCUCUGAUACCCCGUUUUUCCUCAGAAAUCUGUACAGUACGACGCUCCUUUGCAUUGCCCGUAUGAUAUUUCCGAACUUUUCUGCCUC